GAAGAGUGUCUACUAGUUUGACAAAAUCUAUUGAUUUUUGACAAGAUAUUGUACAGAGCAAUGAAAUAGUGUGUCUAGGCUCGCUGUGUUAGAUCGGAUGAUUAUUAUAUUGUAACCAUACUAUAUUGGAAUUAUCACUCAUUUAAAUGCUUGAUGAAGGACCUGCAUUGGUUUACAUUGAUCAUGUCAAUGCCAAAACCACUUGAAGGUCAAAAUAAGGAUCCACCACAAUUUUUGAAUUGACCAAAGAUUCGUUGAAUUCUUCUGUAACUAGCUGGGAGUGACAUGAUGAUACAGGUUGCCAAAGGUGAUUUGGAAUUUCAUAUGCCCCAAAAUAUCAGGAAGGCAGUUACACUGUUUGUAGUUGAACAAAAUUUAGGAAACUUAGAGACACUGCUUAGAUGAUGGUUUACUCUAGGAAAUAAGCAGUAAGUGGAAAAGAAAUUAGGAAUUAUCAAAUGAAGGAACUUUUGGAUUACUUGAUAUAGAUUAUUUAAAGGUAAAAGAUAAAGAAAAUAAUUGUUACAGUAAUUAAAUUCUUUGAUAUGGACUUUCAGAACCAGUGAUGUUUUAUGAUUUAAGAAGUAAUGGAUUAAUAUUUCCAUUAUCCAUGAUUUAACUGUAAAUUUUGUGAAGUAUGCAACAAAUGAAAAUAGCAUUGUGAGCAUUAUGAUAAAGGAAACAAUGUGUUAACAUAAUGAAAUAAGCAGUAUAAAUGAUAACUGAGGAAUAUAAUCAUAUUAUAUUUACUAGUGGAAAUAGUGGACAAUCACACUGAGCAGGAUAUGAAAUAAGCAGUAAUUUUAAAUGGAUGUAAUAACUGCAAUAUAUGUGUUGAUUUUAUAAGUUACAUGCUGUAUAUGAAAUAAGCAGUAAUACUGAAAUAAGCAGUAAUACUAAAGUUAGCAGUAAUUGAUAAUGAAUAAAUAACAAAUUGUGUGAAUUUUAUUAAAUAGAAGCAGUAUUUGAAAUAAGCAGUAAUUCAUAAUGGAUGAAAUAACUAUGUGUUGAUUUAAUAAAUUUGAAGCAGUAGAUGAAAUAAGCAGUGAAAGCAGGAAAUAAGAAGGAGAUGGGAAAUAAGUUAUGUGCACCUUUACUCUCCAAAAAGGCCAGCCAUCCUCAGCACAACCAGCCAUGGCAUACACGCAAAGACUCGAACCUUCUCAGGUUGUGGGCGGAGAUAUUCCACGUGGUGGGUCAUGGAGACUUUAUGCAGUGGAAGCGUGUAUCUGAGGAUGUCGUGCCCAUCAAUAUCACUUGUGUGGAGGACACGCCCAAAACCCUUUUCCAGGUCACAGCUUACAAUAGACAUGUUGAAAAGAUCUUUGAUGUCAGAAUUGUUCAACCAGGUACCAUUCUAUGCCCAGCAACAGAUUGUUUUGUACACUGGAGAGACCCUCCAAACAACAGUGAGUGGGGACUGAACUUUACAUCCCCACAAGAUGCCAAAAGAUUCAGAGACUGCUGUUCG